AGAUAAAAUAAUAUUUUGAAAAUAUUUAAUAUAUUAAAUCUAAUAAAAUUAUUUUUAUAUAAAUAUUUAAUACUCCGUAUCUUUUUUAUUUAAUUUAAGAUCAAAAUUUACAAAUUUUGAUUGAAAAAAGUCAGUAAUAAAUUUCUAAACUUUCUUCUUCACUGCGUUUGUUUUAUCAGACCCUCAGAUUUUUGGUCUCUCAUUCCCCGCCCGACCCGAAUGCAUCAUCUGGUAAUAUACCGGGAAGUGACGUCAUUACCAUCUCAUGGCACAUUCCCUCGUCGAAACCCUAGACUUCCGGCGAUUCCAAAUAUUUUUAGAACUCGCCGUCCGAUUCCUAAUUUCCGUGGGAUAGAACUUCCGGAAUCCCCAACACUCCGGAUUUCCAAUUGCACCGCCGCUGAACGCCGCCUCCGUGUGGCCGGGAUCAAGGACAUUGAUAUCGCGACGUUCGGGAACCUCUGCGUAGAUAUUGUGCUCAAUGUCCCUGAAUUGCCCCCCGAACCUCCUGAUCAGCUCAAGGCUUAUAUGGAUGAGCUCUCCAAAACGCCUCCGGACAAGGAAUACUGGGAAGCCGGUGGCAAUAGCAAUGUAGCAAUCGCAGCAUCAAGACUUGGGCUUUGCUGUACUACAGUUGGUCACGUUGGUGAUGAUGUGUAUGGGCGCUUCUUUUUGGACGUGCUUCACAAUGAAGGAAUCCGUAUGGUUGGAGUGAAUGAAAAGAGCGACACACUUGACCGUCCAUGCCUUAGCUGUGAAACUCUCCUCUGUUGGGUCUUGGUGGACCCUUUACAACGACAUGGUUUUUGCAGUCGAACAGAUUUCACAAAGGAUCCCAUAUACAGUUGGAUGACUGAGUUGUCUGCUGAAGUAAAGGUGGCUAUAAAACGAUCAAAAAUCUUAUUCUGCAAUGGUUAUGACUUUGAUGAAUUUUCUCCUAGACUGCUUCAAUCUGCUUUGGAUUGUGCCAUUGACGCAAGGACAUCCAUCUUUUUCGACCCUGGUCCAAGGGUGACCCUCCUUUCAGGCAAACCUGAAGAACAGAGAGUAUUUGAUAUGUUCUUAAAGCUGAGUGAUGUGCUUCUCUUGACUUCUGAAGAGGUGGCAUUACUGACUGGUAUUGAAAACCCAAUCAAGGCAGGGCAAGAGUUGCUAAAGAAGGGAGUCCACACUAGGUGGGUGAUUGUUAAGAUGGGUGCAAAGGGUUCGAUUUUGAUCACCAAAUCAAGUAUAACCUGUGCCCCUGCUUUCAAGGUGAAAGUUAUAGACACGGUCGGGUGUGGAGACAGCUUUGUGGCUGCCAUUGCAUAUGGCUUUAUACACAAAGCACCACUGGUUCAUACCCUAACCCUCGCAAAUGCAGUGGGCGGAGCAACUGCCAUGGGUUGUGGUGCUGGAAGAAAUGUUGCCACCCUAGAGCAAGUGAUUCGGCUUGCGAGAAGAUCAAAUAUUGACGAGGAUGUCAAGCUUUGGGAGGAAUUACUCAGUGACAAUAAUCUUGGAGCCAUGGAGGUCAACUUGCUCUCAGGAUUGCUAAUAAACAGCCAGCAUCUUAACAUAGUUCCUCUCCAAAAGGUGGUUUCUGAGAUCCUAUCAUCCAAACUGCAACCUACUCAAAAGUCAACAAUUGCCUUAGCAUCUUCUCCGGUUUGAACAAGUUCCGCGAUGGUAAAGCGCAAUCUCACGUAAGUAGUAAUUUUUUGACAAUAUUUUGUAAGAAAAUAUUAGAUGCAUUAUUACGGCAUUGGUAUUCGUGAGUAUUCAUCUUGGCGGUCUUUUUUGGGAGUAUCAUUAUUAUGAUUGCGUCGCAUGGACUCGAUUAUCAUUUCUCUAGGAGAAAAUAUUCAAUUAUAAAGUAUAAACUUGUUA